CAUUUAUCGAUGACAAGGCAGAUACUGACGUAUUUGUAAUGAUUUUUAAGAUGGUCUGCUGCUCCGGAAACUCCGACCACAUGUGUUACUUUCACUUCGGACGUAAAAGGAUUUCUGGCUCAUUGAACGGAUUUUGGAAAAUGUUGGCUAGUGAAGAAAAUACCUCUACUACACGGAGGAAAUUAGAAUAAGAAUCUCUUCUCGAAAUUGUAAUAGGCUGCCAAGUUCACAGCAUAUCCUCUAGACACUGAGUCGCAACAUGAGAACUUUCCUGGCAGUGUUUAUCGUCGUAACUGUCUCAGCAGAUGAACAUGUAACUAUCAAUGGCACCCUAGGACACAAUUUCCUUCUGCCAUGCGCCUGCUCAGACAGAAAUGAGAGCAUAGAGGUUGAGUGGGAGAAAGAACACCCAAAUGCGAUGCAGGUGUUCAAACACACACAGACCACUGAAACAUUCUGUGGCAAAUAUAAGGAAAGAGGAAAAGCCUUUCUGUCUGAGAACAGAGAAAACUGCUCAAUUCUCCUCACCAACAUCACAGCAGAGGACCAGGGGAGAUACAGAUGCAGCUUUUACAUUGAUGAGCAAUACACAAAAUCCUAUGUAACUCUAAACAUUUAUGCAUGCUACAGUGUUUUUCAGACAGCCGACAACAGUGGAGGUGUAAAUGUUUUCAAGUGUAAUGUAAAGGGACGCUACAACAAGACAGAGAUUGAGUGGGAAUUGGAUGGAGUGCCUCUGCAAAAUUCAAUCACCACUAAUAUAACUCAAAAAUACAACCCGGAUGAUCCUACUGGCCUAAUCCAAUUCUACAGCCAACUCAACACUACUCUCAACUGGACCUCAGCACCUAGAUGUCGCGUCAAGGCCAAAGACAUAGCAACAUACAACAGCUCUGAUUGCAAUGCAGAUAAAAAUGUUCAAUCUAAACUAGUCUACAACUACGGCAAGGACCAACGAAGAAGCUACUUUUACAUUCCCAUUAUGUUUGUGCUUGGACUUUCAUUGCUCUUGUGGUGCCGUAGGAACGUCUCAUAGAGUUUACCCUGGAUACAACAAGUUGAGACCAACAACUUCAAAAGCUAACAAAACAGGACAAAACUGUAUUGCGG